UUUGAGACAAUGACUUAGAUAGAAAACUUUGAAUCAAUUCGACUGUAUGAUCUGGUGAACUGUAAAGUGCCUUGAGAUGACGUGUAAUUUGAAUCGGCGCUACAUCAAAGCUGAUUUGAAUUGAAUUAUAAAAUGAAUGGAUGGUUUAUAGAUAUUUAUGGUAGAUAAAUGUUUAUUCAGCUGAAACCUUAAACGUAGUUUGUUUAUUCACCUUUUAUCCUUAUUGAGAUUGAAAGUCACUUGGCCUCCGGCUGACCUGAAGACUGAAUCACAGGUUUCCCAUUAAUUUGGAUUAAAGGAUGAUAUUUCUGAGCAACCAUCUGGGAUUUCAGGAAAAUUUCUCCUCCUAUGACACAGAAGAGACUGUUCCUCUGGGAUCUGGUGAAGGGGGGGGGGGGUGCUUUUGAGAUUUAAAUCAUUUGUCAUCUAAUUAAAGAUUCGUGCGCACAUGUGUGUCUUUUGAUUGGAGACCCUUUUUUUUUUUUUUCAGAUAAGGCUGGAUGGGCGUUGAACAGUCUGCAAGGCUGCACUCUCCGGCCAAACGGAAAUUCCUCCCUUUGCCCGGUCCUGACAGAACAAACACUGCGCGACAUGCGGUAUAAAUGGGAGCAAUGGUGAGCCUGUUUCAGCUUCAGAUCUUCGAUCAUUUUCCUCGAUACAAGCGGAGGUGUUAACUGGAACCCAGCUGCUCUCCACCAUGGCUCCUGUGUCUCUGGGCCUGUUUUUCUCCGCUCUUCUGCUGCAGGAAGCGGCCGCCUUGCAGCGCGCUCGCUGCUCCGGGAAUCUCUGCUGCUUCCAGGAGUCUCUGGACUCUAAAGCUGCGCAGGAAGCCUGCGAGGGGCAAACCGGAAAGCUGGUCCAAUCCAGCACUUCUGUAGAGACGAGCAAGUUUGAGCGUCUAUUGAGAGGAUUCACAGGGGUGUUCUGGCUGCAGGGUGGCCCAAACUGCACGGCUGUUUCUGCGGGGAGUGGGCCCGGAUUCAAGGUUCGGCCGGAGCACUGUGGGGACAUCCUGGACGGCUUCUUCUGCGCCUUCGGCUCCUCUGACGUAUGCGGCGUCGUUCGGGACAGUGGGAACACCUCGGUGACCUACCGCUCACAUGCAGGCUUCGAAUUUGCAGAUUCGGAGACCUUUCCCCCUGGGACCCUGGCCCUGGCGGCUCGGCCCGGCGCUCAGUUCCCGGACUCCAAGUAUCUCUGUGUGGCCAACUGGCUGCAGGCUCCGUGGCGCUGCGAGGUUCUGCAGGGUGGCUGUGAUCACAGCUGCGAUCAAUUUAACCACACCUGUACGUGUCCAGCCGCGCAAUCCCUCCAUCACAACAGCUUCUCCUGCACGAACACAUCUGAGCCGGGUAGCAGCUCCCCGUCCGAGAUCCGGCGCUGCUCCGAGGGCUACAGGCCUGCAGCGGACGGGAAAAGCUGCGUGGACGUGGAUGAGUGCGCGGACGAGAAGAACGCGUGCCUGGCUGAGGGUAAGGUGUGCGUAAACCUGGAUGGCGGGUACGAGUGCGAUUGCGCGGAGGGCUUUGCGAUGGAGGAGGGCGCCUGCGUUAACGUCUCCAUCUGCAGAUUAUGCGAGCAUAUGGACUGCGCGAAGAUCAGCGGGGUGUACCAAUGCAAGUGCAGAGAGGGGUACAGGGUGUCCCCCAAGGACCCCACCAAGUGCGAGCAAGUUUGCAAUCAGAAAACAUGCCCUGCGAUCUGUCAUCCCAACCCGAAGCAGGAGAGUAAGAACACGCCGUGCUUCUGCCCAGAAGGCUUCAUCCUGGACCACUCAGAGGGAGCAGCCACCUGCCACGACUUUGAUGAAUGCGAGGCUCAGAGGCUCUGCGAUCACGACUGCGAGAAUCUGUUCGGCGGCUUCAGGUGUGUGUGCAGGAAGGGCUACACCCUGCAGAAGGAGAAGUGUGUCCGGAUGAAUCACACCGAGGAGGAUGAGGAUGAGGAGGACGCAUCUGGGUCUCCUCCUCCACCCGCUCCAUCAACCACCCCGAUCAGCCUCCAGCCGGCCGCCCUCCCUUCUUACAUUAAGACCGGCAGCGUCCUGGGCAUCACCGUGUUCCUGGCGCUGUGCGGGGGGCUGAUGCUGUGCGUGGUCAGAUACGCGGCGACACGCUGCAGGACGUUGAACCUGACCGCCCUAAAACACCCGGAUAUUGACAUCUUCUACCUGCAGCAGGUCACAACAGAGACAUACAAGCGCUUAUCCUUUGAUAAGCAGGCUAGAAACGAGCCGCAGAGAGUCUGAGUGAUGCACCGAUCAGGCCGAUUUAAAAAAUAAAAUGGUUUAUUUUUGAUUCUCUUCUAAAAUAUAAAAAUAAAGCAGCUGUGCUGGAGGGUCUAAGAUAUUUGGAAACAAUAAAAGUAAACCAAAAAAUUACAUUUUUACAAACCCUCCAAAAAAGACAUCAUAACACAUAUUGUUUGUUUUAGAAAGGUUUAAGAUUUAAUGCAUUUAUACAUAAGGAAUAAAAAUGAAUCCGUUCCAAUCUGUGGCGGACAGAUCGCUGCAUCUCUGUUGUAAAUAAGAUUUAGUCUGAAGCACUGGUUUCUGUGUUAGAAGACAGAAAAAAACCCAAAUGUACUUUAUAUAUCGCACUGAGAAAUAAAUAUGCCUUAUGAGGGAAAUUA